AUGCCGCAGGCGCAGGGCCUGAGGAAGAGCGUCCUCCUCGUCUUCAUCUUCACCGUCGUCAUCCUCAUCCCAGCUCGCAAGACCGGUGGCCGUUCGGCGGAGGAAGCGAAAGCGUGCGCGGGACACUGGCUGGAAUUUACAUGCAAAUACCCGAAGGCGGAAGCCGAGUAUCGGCGCGUGCGGCUGGAGGGCCGAAAUCUGCCAGAAUCCGUGCAGAGCGGCGUGAGGAACAGGUGGGACGGCAAAGGGAGAAUCUCCUUGUUCCACGACACGCAAAACGGGACGCUCAGGGUGUGCAUCAGAGAGCUCCGAAAAGGCGAUUCGGGGGAAUACGUGUGCACUUUCCACACGGGCGCCCCAGGAAGACCCCCCUCGUCCAAAGUCAAAGUGGACCUCGACGACGGCGACUGCCAAGCGGACUUCACGCAGCGGGCUUACGCGGGGACCCCGAGCCGCAUCGCUUGCGAUUACCCGCGAGAGGUGCGGAACGCCACGAGGUUUUUGUGCAGAGACGACGGCGUCGCGUGCGCGGACGUUUCGGCCACGGCGACGUCUGCUAACGGGACCGCGUCGUCUUUGACCUUCUCGAUCGGGGAGGAGGUCACGCCGGAGCACGCCGGCGUCUACUGGUGCGGCCUGGCGACGGCCGGCGGAAGACGCGCCGUCCGCAAAGUCAGCCUGACGGUGGAAAGUCAGUAA